UUUUCUCUCUCUCUUAUUGGUGCACGAAGGUCUACUAAGAUGUGGAAAGAGUUGCAGGCUAAGAUGGAUGAACUAUCUAAGACCUGAUAUCAAGAGAGGGAACAUCUCCCCUGAUGAGGAUGACCUAAUUAUCAAAAUGCAUGCUCUUCUUGGCAACCGAUGGUCUCUUAUCGCAGGAAGACUACCGGGUCGAACUGAUAACGAGAUUAAGAACUAUUGGAACACCCAUCUCAGCAAAAGACUCUUAAGCCAAGGAACCGACCCGAAUACCCACAAAAAAAUAUCAGAUCCUCACCUAAAAGAACCAAAGAAGAGAAGGAGCAACAGCAAAAAGCAAAAAAACAAGUCCAAAUCCAAUGUUGUAGUGAUUGAAAAGCUCAAAGUUCAUAACCCAAAGCCCACUAGGAUCAAGUCCUUGAGUUCCUUCUCAAUGUCAAGGAAUGGUAGUUUUGGUUGGACAAUUAGUGGCGGUUCUUCCUCAAGUCAUGAGGGAGACCACAGAGGAUCAUUACUUGUUGGUACAGAAGUCGUGCAUGUUCCAUGGUCUGAUUUCAAAGAUGAUGUGAAUCAUGAAAAUAGGGUUGGCUUUCUUGUUGGUGAUGAUCAUCAAGAUCGCGAUCUAGUCAACGGUUCGGACCUCGAAUGCCAUUCUCAAUUGUUGCCAAUGUCUGAUCACACUCUAGAGAAGCUCUAUGAGGAGUACCUACAACUUCUCAAGGCAGAAGAUGAUGUCCAAGUUCAGUUGGAUUCCUUUGCUGAAUCUUUGCUGAUAUGAAC